UGGGGCGGCCCCGCGGCCCGGCCCGGCCCGGGGCUGUGUCCCGCCGUGCCCCGCCGUGUCCCUUCGCGUCCGCCCCGCUCCCCGCUCCCAUCAUGCUGGUGCCCGUGUUCACGCUGAAGCUGAACCACAAGAUCCUGCCCCGCAUGGUGGCGCUGGGCCGGUACGACGGGACGCACCCCUGCCUGGCGGCCGCCACGCAGGCGGGCAAGGUUUUUAUUCACAGUCCUCAUGCCCGAGGGCAGAGGACAAGCACAAACCGACUGGUGCAGAGUAACCAAGAUUCGGACAUUUCUCUUCUCAACAUUAAUCAAGGGAUCACCUGUCUGGCUUCGGGAGUGCUGAACCCUCAGCUGGGUUAUGAUUGCCUUCUGGUUGGAACACAGACUAAUUUAUUGGCUUAUGAUGUGUAUAACAACUCAGAUUUGUUCUACAGAGAGGUUUCAGAUGGAGCCAAUGCAAUAGUUCUUGGAAAGCUUGGAGAUAUUUCCCCUCCACUCGCUAUUAUUGGUGGGAACUGUGCCCUGCAGGGCUUUGAUCAUGAAGGCAAUGACCGUUUCUGGACGGUUACUGGAGACAACGUUCGUUCCUUGGCACUGUUUGACUUCGAUGGUGAUGGCAAAACUGAGGUUUGUAACUGUUCACACGUGAAUUCAGCGGGUCUUGUAGUGAAAUGACAGUAAUAAAGAAAC